UAUUUUGAUAAGUUAUUGCCGAUAUGAAGCUGAAAGAUAUUGCUUCGACAACAAUGCUCUGUGCAAUCAUUAAAAAAGGAAAUAUAAUGUUUUUACAAACAUAUUUUUUUAGCAGCAUGCAUGUAUUUAUCCCAGAUCGACCGAUCACAGUUUUGUCAGCACGUAAAAAUGAUGGGUGGGGUAAUUUUUAAUCAUGACAGCGCAUUCAACUUGUCACAAUGAGCCAUACCACGCCAGUUUGUUAAGAUUAAUAUUAUGUUUUCACAAAAUACAUACUAUUAUGCAAUAUAGAGGGCCAAGACUUGUGAUGUUUUUAUUUUAAGGUAAAUAAAAGCUGUCCUAAGUCAACAUGUAGUUGUCAAGUACAACAAAUGGCAAGAAGUUAAUAUCCUAACAUCAAGUUUAUUUCGGGGCUACAUUUUACCGAUUAUGGCGGAACUGUGUAUUCCGUCAGACGAUGCAGUCAUGGACAUAGGUGUUUCCAGGCCCAGUAAACUAGCAACUAUCAAACAUGUACUUAGUCUACAUUCAUCACUGGGAUCAAGUGAUACAGCUUGUGCUAAAAAGUUGAUUGAUGAAUUUCCCUCAUACUGCAAUUGUGAUUUCCAAAGUCUGAAAAAGAAAAUAGGACUUGUGGCUAAGAAAUCAGCAAUGUUAAAAAGAAACAAAACUAAAACUAGCUUAUUGCACGAAGAGUUCUUGCAACAAGAAUUUGUUCCGCCUGUUAGCAAGUUAGAGAGUAGUUUAAAAGUUGAUGAAUUGAAUAAUGACCAAGGUGAAAUUGCGCAAAAAGUAAUUGCUACAACCCAGUCAGUAGUUAGGGAGAAUAGGGAUCUUAAGAGAAAAAUAUCUGAAAUUGAAGAAAGCCGUGCAGAAUUAGAAAAUGAAAUUAAGUUCAAAGACAAUCGUUUGCAAUUAGCUUUUAAUUCUUUAAAUAGUAUUGCCACCGGUUAUAAAGAACUGACUGACACCAGUGUUAAAAGUAAAGCUGAAAUGGAGAAGCAUAUACUUGAAUAUCAGAACAAGUAUGAGGAAGCAACAGCUCAAAUCUUAAAACUUACAGACGACUUAUCUGUUGCUCGUGAAAAAAUUUCUAAGUACACACCACGAAAUGUUAAUAAAAAAUUGAAAAGAAAAGCAAGUCAAAUUGAAAGUCUAGCUUCCCAGAACGAGCUUCUAGCUAAAGAAAACAAGGGUCUUAAGAUAGAAAAUGAAAGUCUGUGGGGACAUAUUUUAAUACAUGAAGAUACUUUGAUGGAAGAGGAGGAAAAUGAAAAAGUGAAAGGGUUGAAGUUUGAAAAAGUUAACCUACAGAAACGUAUUUCUAGACUUGGUAAAAAGAUAGAAUCUUUGAAAACAGAAAAACAUCAAAUACGAAUGGAAAAAGAGACAAUAGAAAACAAUUUUGACACAGAAAUAGCCGAUUACAAGAAGGAGAUCAAAGAACUACAACAGAUAAUUGAUAUCAGUGAUUCCAAUGAAGUAGUAACAUUUGAGAAUGGGAAGUACACCAAUGAAAUCCGCCAGUGUUGCAUGCAGUUAAUACAUGAGGGAAAUGUUAGUUUAAACAAAGUACCGGACGUCAUUUCUUCAGUCAUGAGGGCCCUGACAGGUAAAGUGCCCCAGCGUCUCCCAUCAAAGACCCUGCUCAGUUGGUUGAGUGCAGAGGCAAAGGUGGUCUCUUCAAGACAUGUUGCACAGGCCAUGUUAGAUGGUUUCAAUCCCGCUGACAAUAAAGGACACACCCUGCACCAGGAUGCCACAUCCAAGUUCCACAACCAUUAUGAAGGGUAAAUGAACUGAUGCGGCCGAACUCGACAAACAUUUUGGUAUAUAACUUUUUAAUAUUUAGAUAGGUUUUUAUGUAAAAUAUGGACAAAUACAGCAUAAACUAUGUGUGUUUUUGUCUAUGUUGGUGCCAUAAUGGAAGCAUAUGUGUUAAUGAAGAAAAGGUUUUUUAUGUCACCAAAAUAUGCGUACCCUCAACGUACUUAAAAUCCCAUAACUCGGAGAGUUGUUGGUCGAUUUUCAUAAUUUUUGUACUGUUGUGCUAGUUUAGAAUAGCUCUACAUGAAAAUUACAGUCUUAAAUACAUAUAAAUGAAAUAUCCUUACCCCCCUGAACU